UCCCAUCAUCAUCAUCAUCAUCAUCAUCUUCCUCAUAAUUUAACCACUUUUCAAAACCACCCACUCUCUACACUUCAAUGGCGCCCUCUGUUUUAUCCAUUACACCUUCACCUAAAACUCUCUUCACCAUUAACAAACCAGUUCUCCCAUCAAAACCCACUGCUUCUUCAUCACCAUUUUCUUGUUUUUCUUGUUUAUCGCACCACAAUAAAGAUGCAAAGCUCUCGUCCGAACCAGUUUCCACUGCAAAGAAACGGUUAUUCGACGUGGGUAUUGGUCUUUUAGCUGCUUCAGUCCUUGCUUUUACACCCAUGGAUGCUAAUGCUACUCGAAUUGAGUAUUAUGCUACCGUUGGAGACCCUUUAUGUGACUUCAAUUUUGUUCGCUCUGGACUUGGGUUUUGUGAUAUUUCUGUUGGUUCUGGUGUGGACGCUCCUUAUGGUGAGCUUAUUAAUGUUCAUUAUACUGCAAGGUUUGAAGAUGGGAUAGUCUUUGACAGCAGCUAUAAACGCGGCAGACCUCUCACCAUGCGCAUUGGCGUCGGCAAGGUCCUUCCUGGAUUAGACCAAGGAAUUUUUGGGGGUGAAGGAGUGCCACCAAUGCAAGUAGGUGGAAAGCGUAAGCUUAAGAUUCCUCCACAUUUAGCCUAUGGACCAGAACCUGCAGGAUGCUUUUCAGGUGAUUGCAAUAUUCCUGGAAAUGCAACUCUUGUGUAUGAUAUCAACUUCGUUGGCAUCUACUCCGGAAAUAGGAAGUUAAACUAACGCUCAUAUGAUGACAGAUAUAAAAAUGUCCAAUGUGUUUUUUGAGCAAAAGUGAAAAGAAAUCCAGAUUAAGAUGAUACCCUACUGCUUAUUGCUUGCUUGGAGCUGGGAAUUUCAAAAUUUGCUGUCUUUAUUGUCAAAUUAUUUAGCACACAGCAGUACACAUAAAUUUUGUAGCUAAUGUGCUAAAACAGGAUUGUGUAUUCUGUAUAUAAUUCAAGUCAAUUCAAAAAAAUAAAAAAUAAAUAAGUAGGUAUAGAUAUGAUAUUUUGGAAA